GUUCCAGAUGCUAAUCAGGACCACAACAUGUUUGUUUCAUCGUUAUUAUGAUCAUGUGACAAUCAGCCAAUCAGAUUAUCGGCUUCCAGGAUCGUCGGACACACCAGAGAUAAUGUUCAGAUGUUGUUGGAACGUUCCUCAGGACGUUCUGUCUCAGCUCAGUGCAGGGCCGUGAUCACCUGGAACCGAGGUGUGAGGGGAGGCCGAGUCAUCGAGCUGAAGGCCACUGUGGACGCUGCGGUGAAGACAGUCCAACAUGUCUUCGUCUCUCAGAGGACCGACCAGCUUGCAGUGAUGGGAAAGAUGGACGUCCCUCUGGAAGAGGUGACGUCCUCUCAGCCUGGUGUCUGUCCAGCAGAACCUCUGGACAGCGAGGACGUCCUCUUCCUGCUCUACACGUCAGGCAGCACAGGGAAACCUCAAGGCAUCGUCCAACCCAGCGGGUUACCUGCUGUUCGCCUCCAUCACUCACCAGUUGGUGUUCUACCGAGACGGAGACGUGUUUGGCUGCAUGGCGGACAUCAGCUGGAUGAUGGGACACAGCUACGUGGUUUACGGUCCGCUGUGCAACGGCGCCACCACCGUCCUGUUCGACAGCACACCUGCGUACCCGGAUCCAGGUGAGCCGGGUCAAUGGCACCAAAACUCCCUGCUUCACCUACGCAGCUUCAUCCAGUGCUCCAAUCCCACAUUCCCCACUGGAGGCAUUCUGAGGCUGGAUGGAGGUUGGAUGAAUGUUGGAUGGAGGUUGGAUGAUCUGUGCAGAUUGAUCUUGAACCUCAGGUGAGUCUCACCUGCAGCAGAAAGUGGAGCUCCAGCCUCUCAUUAACCUGGUUUUAUGAUCUGCAGUUAGACCAUUAGUUCUGCUUUCUGAGCUCUGAUUGGUCAGAGGCUCUGAGCCAAAACCCAUCACCAGAACCUGAUGUCUCCUUUCAUCUGUCGACUGACCUUUGACCUCUGUGAUCCCAAACAGACAAAGCGGCAGAAAGCAUCGUUAAAGCGGUUGUGAGAGGCAGGGGGCGGAGCUUAAACAGGAAGUUAAACGGAGUGUGGCCGUGUGGGACAGAGUGUGUCUCACCUUGUAGUUGUGUCCAGGCAGGUACUGGGAGACGCUGGAGAUCAACCAGUUCUACGGAAACACGGAGACGCUCUGAGGUCGCUGGGGUCAGCUGGGUCCAACCUCUGGGACACCGGCGUCCAACCGGUCCAACUCAGUCAGAACCUGACAGGAACCGGUUCUGGGGUUUGACACCAAACACACCAGGCGCAGAUAUUCUGGGCCAAGAUUUAUAUUCUGGACCAGGAGCUUCAGAUCCAGUUUCCGGGUCAGAAGGUUCUGGGUGUCUGAACACAGGACGUCACUGACGGAACCGCUAAUCUAGCCUAGCGGACAUGAAGUCAUCACAUCACUUCCUGGCAGCUGGAGACCAGGAAGUGAUGUCAUCACCACCUGGAUAUCACCAGGAAGUGAUGUCAUGACUUCCUGUGGCCCAGGAUUGGUCAGUGUUGAUGCUCCAUAUCUGGUUGUCCACAGUGGGGGAACCCAUCGACCACGAGGCCUGGCACUGGUUCCACAGCGUGGUGGAGGAGGGACGCCGCCCCCUGGUGGACACCUGGUGGCAGACAGAAAGGAUCAUGGCCGCUGACCCAAUUCCUCGACAAUCUCGCCACGCGGCUCUAAACUUGGCCCAGCUGCUGGACCAACCGGAACCUCUAGGAACUGCAGCUGGGCCCCUGCUGGUAGAACCACUGAGUCAGAACCGCCUGGGACAGCCCUCAGACUUGUGUCUGGUACCAGAACCAGACCGGACCGGUUCUCUAACCUGUGCUCCCCCUCAGAAACCGAAGGAGUGUGCAUCGACCGCGGAUCACGGCGCCGCCAUCUUCCCGGCCAUGAGGCCGUUCCUCGGCAUCCAGCCGGUUCUGAUGGGAGACCAGGGGGAGGUUCUCCGUGGGAACGCGGUCAGCGGUUCCCUGCGCCUCUGCCAGCCGUGGCGCCGGAUGGCCCGGACCAUCUACGGAGACCCCCAGAGGUUCCUGGACUCGUACUUCGGGCCGUUUCCGGGUCUCUACUUCACCGGGGACGGAGCCUUCCGGUCCGAGGACGGGUUCUACCAGAUAACGGGUUGGAUGGACGACAUCAUCGACAUCAGCGGACACUGGCUGGGGACGGCUCUGGUAAGAACCGGGUCCAGAACCAGAUUCUCAGGAGUUCUCCAGGUGGUGGAUGGAAUCCAAACAGAGAUGGAACCAGUUUGGGUCCAGUUAGAAUCCUGGACUGGGUCACCAAGGCCAGAACAGAACCUUAAUAAGAAUACCGAGGUGGGCCCCAUAUGGGAUAAAUGUGGGCUACCAUACGGACCCCACGUGGUUUUGUCACUGGUUUCCAUGGCGACUCCACAUGGAACCGGACCUGUUCUCUGUUUGCAGGACGAACAUCCAGCGGUGCCGCUUGACAUCAAAGGAGAAGUCCCGUUUGCCUUUGUGGUUCUGAAGGAGGAUGUGACCUAUGACCCCCUUGCCGUCAUUCAGCAGCUCAGAGAACUCGUCUCCACCAAGAUCGCCAAAGGAAGUGCCAGAACACUUCCUGCCAGAACCCACUGGGAGACGAAGAUGAUUAGAACCGAUCUGUACCGCCACCAGAACCCAAACAGAACCAGAACCCGGUUUACCACUUUAUCGUCAACAGUGGAUGUGAAUGGAUUCUUUUCUCAUUUGGACCGAACCAGCAGCUGCUAGUCAGGAUUUAAUAUCAAUGCUUAAAUUUUGACGAUGUUGGUAGAAAAGCAGAACGAAGAACAAACUGCUGAGACUUUAGACCUUUGACUCCACAGAUAAAACAUUUCAAAACUUAUUCUGCCAGAAACCCUACCGCCCCCAUCUGGUCUGGAGUAUGAACUGGAGCUAAUGCCGUUCAAUAAUAGAUCUUACAUCAUACAUCUGAAAAUGAAUUGGGGUAAAGACAGCUUCUGUGUUUUAGUUAAAAAACUGAAAACCACAGAUCAUAUUCGGAGAAAUGUAAAACUGAAGAUUCCUGCUACACUUGGUGUUAAAAGGAUCCACGAUGUUGAAAUUUUCCUAUUUCUUAAAAAAUGCUGUUCGUAUUACAUCAAAACUCAUAAUUACUUCAAAAAUAUUCAUCUUUUGUUAUAUUUUUCACCCAUGGAGGUCGCCAUUUUUUCACUGCUGGGUUGAUGACGUCAUCAGAUCUAUUCUGUACUGGAGUGGAAACGCAGGAAGGUUGACUUUACCCCAGUAGUUGUUGGACAUAUUGUGUUUGACUGGUGUCAUUUUCAAUAAGGUUAGAGUUAAAAUGAACUUUUUGCUAUGCUAUGGGUGAGGAACGGAUUAUUUCAGGUGGCUAAAAUACAUGGUUCCCCUCCUUUAACUUUGGCAAAUAAUGAUCAAAUGUCACCAAAUCCAUAGAAUUUGUUGUUGUUGAUGAAGAGAGGAAUAAACACAGUUAAAGACUUUCAGGUCAAUUAAUUUGUUCCCAUGUUAUGGAGGGGAAACAGAUGAUCCAUUCUCUCCUGUCCUCCCCCAUAACUUUGGGAAAUAAAGAGCAACUGUCUCCAAAUUCUCAAAAAUUGUUAUGUCUGAUAGCAUGUAGUUAUACUAGAAAUGUCCUUAGUCCAGUAAUUUGUCAUAUUUUACAUUAGAUUAGGAUUUACCAGAAAGUCUAAACUCUCGUCUUUUCAGGAAGUCUUAAAUUUUGUGCCCUGCUAUCAGCCAGUUUCAAUCCUCUUAUAUCAGCAAUGAAAAAUUAUAAAUACAUACAACGUGUUGGAAAACUGUUUGAUGACAAAAGUUGGAAAAAGACCGAUUCUUUUGACGUUUAAAAUAACACAAAACAGAAGACCUCGUUCAUUUAUCUAUUUUGUUAUUGCUUCUUUUUCAAACAACAGCUGUAGAUUAAACUGAAUGUUGCAACCUUGA